AUGAAGCUCACGUUCAAGGACCUCAAGCAGGCCAAAUUUGUGGUCGAGAUUGAACCCUCAGCGACUGUUGGACAGCUCAAGGAAAAGGUUGCUCAAGAAAAGCCCGACUAUGGCUCAGGGAUGAAGAUCAUUUAUUCUGGCAAGAUCCUACAAGAUGACAAGACUGUUGAAUCUUACAACAUUGAAGAGAAGGAUUUCCUAGUCUGCCUGCCCGGCAAGCAACCCAAGGCUGCUACUUCCUCCUCUGCUGCUUCGUCCACUCCCUCUACUCCCGCACCCAAGCAAUCUGCUGCGACACCUGCCGCUCCCGCUCCCGCCGCGCCCGCGCCUGCUGCUCGUUCUACGCCCGCUGUACCCGCGACUCCUUCUCCAGCUGGGGGCGCGGCCGCUCAGGCCGGUGAGCCUGCCGCGUUUGGUGAUCCCUCGGCUUUGGCCAUGGGUGGUGCUGCCGAGGGUGCUAUGGCGCAGAUGGAGGCGAUGGGCUUUGAGAGACCUAUGGUCGAGCGGGCCAUGCGCGCUGCUUUCUUCAACCCAGACCGUGCCAUUGAAUAUCUGCUGAAUGGUAUUCCCGAGAGCGCCCAGCGCGAGCAACAGCAGAGAGAGCAGGAGCAACAUCAGGAGCAAACUGAGACCCAGGCCGAGGUACCCGCGGCAGGCGCAGCUACUGGCGGAGACCAGCCUUUCAACAUGUUCGAAGCAGCUGCGCAAGCCAACGAGGGCGGUGGCCGUGGUGCGCGAUCUGGCGGUGCGGGUGGUGCGGCUGGGAGCGAUGCUAGCCUGGACUUCCUCCGCAGCAAUCCCCAUUUCCAACAGCUCCGUCAGCUCGUUCAGCAGCAGCCCCAGAUGUUGGAGCCUAUCCUGCAGCAGGUGGCCGCGGGCAACCCCCACAUUGCCCAAAUCAUUGGGCAAAAUUCCGAACAGUUCCUGCAACUUCUUGCGGAAGACCUUGGUGAGGACGAUGAGGCUCUGCCUCCGGGCACUCAGGCCAUCUCAGUCACGGAGGAGGAGCGAGAUGCCAUCGAGCGGUUGUGCCGUCUUGGAUUCUCCCGGGAUACUGUCAUCCAGGCCUACUUUGCCUGUGACAAGAAUGAGGAGCUGGCUGCCAACUUCUUGUUUGACCAGCCCGAUGAGGAUGAGGAUUAG